GCGGGGUGGCGGCGAGACGCGCGCGAUGGAGGGCGAGAGCGGGAGCCCGUGGGCCCUGGGUCUGCUGCGCACCUUCGACGCGGGCGAGUUCGCGGGCUGGGAGAAGGUCGGCUCGGGCGGCUUCGGGCAGGUGUACAAGGUGCGCCAUGUCCACUGGAAGACGUGGCUCGCCAUCAAGUGCUCGCCCAGCCUGCACGUCGACGACAGGGAGCGUGGGGAGCUUCUGGAAGAAGCCAAGAAGAUGGAGAUGGCGAAGUUCCGCUACAUCCUGCCCGUAUACGGCAUAUGCCAGGAGCCUGUGGGCCUGGUCAUGGAGUACAUGGAGACGGGCUCGCUGGAGAAGCUGCUGGCCUCCGAGCCACUGCCGUGGGAUCUGCGCUUCCGCAUCAUCCACGAGACGGCCGUGGGCAUGAACUUCCUGCACUGCAUGGCCCCGCCUCUCCUCCACCUGGACCUCAAGCCCGCAAACAUCUUGCUGGACGCCCACUACCACGUCAAGAUUUCCGAUUUUGGGCUGGCCAAGUGCAACGGGCUGUCCCACUCCCAUGACCUCAGCAUGGAUGGCCUGUUCGGCACCGUCGCCUACCUCCCUCCGGAGCGCAUCCGGGAGAAGAGCCGGCUCUUCGACACCAAGCACGAUGUGUACAGCUUUGCCAUUGUGAUCUGGGGUGUGCUCACACAGAAGAAACCGUUUGCAGAUGAGAAGAACAUCCUGCACAUCAUGGUGAAAGUGGUCAAGGGCCACCGCCCAGAGCUGCCGCCCGUGUGCCGAGCCCGGCCGCGAGCCUGCGGGACCCUCCUGCGCCUCAUUCAGCGGUGCUGGCACGGGGACCCACGCGAAAGGCCCACCUUCCAGGAAAUUACUUGUGAAACCGAGGACCUGUGUGAGAAGCCUGAUGGUGACGUGAAGGAGACGGCACAGGAUCUGGACGCGAAGCAGCCCCUGGAGCCCAAGAGCCCGAAGCCCGUGUGCACGCCUCUCAAGCGAGCAUCCGCGCCAACCUUCGACAGCGACUACAGCCUCUCUGAGCUCCUGUCCCAGCUGGACUCCGGCACCUCUCAGACCCUCGACGGCCCGGAGGAGCUCAGCCGCAGUUGCUCUGAAUCGAGGCUGCCGUCGACCAGCAGCGGCAAGAGGCUCUCGGGGGUGUCUUCUGUCGACUCUGCCUUCUCCUCCAGAGGGUCACUGUCCUUGUCAUUUGAGCGGGAGCCUUCAACGGGCGAUCUCGGCACGACAGACGUCCAGAAGAAGAAGCUUGUGGAUGCCGUCGUGAACGGCGACACCAGCAGACUGAUGAAGAUCCUGCAGCCCCAGGACGUCGACCUGGUGCUGGACGGGGGCGCCAGCCUGCUGCACCUGGCCGUGGAAGCCGGGCAGGAGGAGUGCGUCAAGUGGCUUCUCCUCAACAACGCCAACCCCAACCUGACCAACGGGAAGGGCUCCACCCCCCUCCACGUGGCCGUGGAGAAGAGGGUGCGGGGUGUCGUGGAGCUCUUGCUGGCUCGGAAGAUCAGCGUCAACGCCACGGACGAGGACCAGUGGACGGCCCUGCACUUCGCGGCCCAGAAUGGGGACGAGUGCAGCACUCGGCUGCUGUUGGAGAAGAACGCCUCCAUCCACGAGGUGGACUGCGAGGGCCGCACGCCCAUGCACGUGGCCUGCCAGCAUGGCCAGGAGAGCAUCGUGCGCAUCCUGCUGCGCCGAGGCGUCGACGUGAGUCUGCAGGGGAAGGACGCCUGGGUGCCGCUGCACUAUGCCGCCUGGCAGGGCCACCUGCCCAUUGUCAAGCUGCUGGCCAAGCAGCCCGGGGUGAGCGUGAACGCGCAGACGCUGGAUGGGAGGACGCCACUGCACCUGGCCGCCCAGCGAGGGCACUACCGCGUGGCCCGCAUCCUCAUCGACCUGCGCUCCGACGUCAACAUGUGCAACCUGCUGUCGCAGACGCCCCUGCACGUCGCUGCGGAGACGGGCCACACGAGCACUGCUAGGCUGCUCCUCCACCGGGGUGCCAGCAAGGAGGCGGUGACGGUGGAGGGCUGCACUGCCCUGCACCUGGCUUCCCGGAACGGGCACCUGGCCACCGUCAAGCUGCUGGUGGAGGAGAAGGCGGACGUGCUGGCCCGGGGGCCCCGCAGCCAGACGGCGCUGCACCUGGCCGCCGCUGGCGGGCACUCGGAGGUCGUGGAGGAGUUGGUCAGCGCCGACGUGCUCAACCUGUCUGACGAGCAGGGGCUCAGCGCACUGCACCUGGCCGCCCAGGGCAGGCAUGCCAAGACGGUGGAGACGCUGCUGAAACACGGGGCGCUGGUCAACCUGCAGAGCCUCAAGUUCCAGGGCGGCCACGGCCCCACUGCCACACUCCUCCGGCGAAGCAAGACCUAGCCUGCUGCGCCCGAGACCGGGGCCCCCGUGGGCUUCCUGUCCCAUUGCUGUGUUCCACUGUGGGGACAGAAGGAUGCUGUGCCGGCCGGUGCCGCUCGCCUUGUCUGUGGCCUGGCGGAACAUUGACCGAGCGGGCCAGCGAGAGGCAGGUGGCUGCUGACUCCGGGUUCACGUGGGGCGUCUGCUCGGGCGUGUCACCCUCCGAAGGCAGUUGGUUAGAACGCGCUCGGCUGUCGACCCAUUCACCGAUCGGCACGCCCGCCGUCAGACGGACGAUGGGUCGGAAUCAUUUCGUUGUGCUCCUUGCUCCUCGCGUGGGCCCCUGGGUGCUCGAGCCGUGGCUAGGAGUGAGUGCGUGCUGUCCUGAGCCGAGCCACCUGUGAUGGCCUGGAGCGCAGCAGUCUGGGGAAGCAGGAGCGGGAGGAGCUGUGUCUUUUAUCUUCCUACCCAGCGGUAGGCAAAAGAGCCUGUUUCAGAAAGUUUUAGUGGAAUUCUUGUUUUGUAGAAUAUCUUUAAUAGACGAACAUGGUAUUAACUGUUGCUUUAAACUUGUUAAAAACGUUCACGUGCUUGGGUUGUCUGGUCUGUGAAGAACUGAAUGUAAAGUAAUAAGGUUGGUUUUUAAAAGCAAGCCAACAGUCAUCCGACCUGCUCUUUUAUGUCCAAAUUUGGCAGUCCUUGUGGGUGGCCGCCACGUACCCUGACGGUGCAAUUUGCUCUUGCGCAUUGCUGGUCGCCUCCAGUGUUCUUUGAGCUCUAGAGCGCCAUUUUGGUUUUGGACUGCCAUCAGUGUUACCAGCUAGAUGGGCCACCUUGCUUGGUGGUUUUCUUCCAGCUCUGAAGUUGGUGAGGUGGUGGUUUGGACGGAGUGCUACCGUCUUGGGGCCUCGCGGGUUGUCUGAGCCGCAGACAAACGCCUACACCGCGUGGGAGCCUUGGCUUUUAGGGCGUAACUCCCGGGGGCGGCUCCAGGACACAGCGGUGCACUCUUGGAUGCGAAAGACUGGUUUCUAGCCCCAUGCCUUCCUUGGCUCCUGUGUCCCGCGUGGCAGCCCCCGAAUGCUGUUCUUUGAGUAGGUUCGCUGCGGGACGCGGCCGUGUGCUCAGAUGUGCCCUGUGGCCUGGUGUACAAUACAGAGAUUGAUGUUAAUGUACCGUGUAUGUUAAUAUGAAUCUGUGCGCAGGAUACUUCUUUUCUAUGACAGGAAAUAUCCACUCUGCUUAGAACUGGCUAUGUUUUAAUACGCCUUGCUCUUUCACGACGUUGAGCUACGGUUGUAUAUAGGAUGUGUGGAAGACACAUCGUUCUGUCUGAUGUCAAUAAAAUGAAGCAGUCUUCUA